GGGGGGGGACAAGGAGGUAGAAGAUGCUUUUAAAAAACACAGAUUUAAGAAAAAAAAAAAGAGACAAACAGAGCGGGUUCUGUUCAGUUUUGGUGUGUUAACAAAAGCACUGGGGGUGCUCUUUGCUUUGGCACCGAAACGAGACAAAACAGCUACUGGUGGUGUACAAUUCAGUUUGAUGGCAGUAAACGUUUUGGUGAUCUCCGACUCCACCACUAAUGUCGGGUUUGGGAAUGAACAAUAUCCUUAUUUUAGAACAAGUUCAAGCUAUUUAUUGACAACAUACUGAUAGCGGGUACAAAUACUAAGCUUUCGUACUGAAUUAUUUGUUAAUUGACUGACAGAAACAUAAUGAUCUUAAUAUUUAAGUUAAGGCUGCAACUAAUGAUUAUUUUCAUUAUCAAUUCAUAUCCUGAUAAAUUUCUCGAUUAAUCGUUUGCUCUAUAUAUGUCAGCAAAUUGUAAAAAAAUGUCUGUCGCAAGUCCCCAGAGCCUAUUUUCAAAUGUCUUUGUCCGACCAACAGUCCAAUACCCAAAGAUAUUCAGUUUGCUAUCAUAGCUGAGGAAGAAAACAAUUAAAUAUUCACACAUGAGAACCUGAAACCAGUGAAUUUUUCAUGUUUUUGCCUUUAAAAAUGUUUUCAAAUCUAUUAUCAAAAUGGUUGCAGAUACAUUUUCUGUCAAAAGGUCAAUUGGUGCAGCUCUAAUUCAAUUAGUGUUUCAAACAAAAAUACUAAAAAUGUCCUUGAGCUUUGGAAAUGUGAGGAUUUGCUCACUUCUUUCCAAAUUCCUGUCAUAAUAAACUGAAUAGUUUGGGUUUUCUGACUGUUACGCCGACACUUUAGACUCCCAAAACUUGAUGACGAACAUUUGUCAUUGUUUUUGACAUUUUACAGAACAAAAAGGACCUAAAGAACAAAACAACAGACUCAACAACAACAAGCACAAAUAAUCAUUUAGUUGCAGCCCCACUUACGUUGCUGACGUUGAAGAAUUUAAAUCUUCUUUUCAGAACGGGCGUUAAAAUACAUUUGUUGACAUUUCUGUAUUGUCACACAGUUGCAUCAUUCACACCUCCUUUCUGCACACUUAUGACUGUCAUCACUGUAACCCAAUAUUGACUCUGACACUGAAUCUCCAGUCAAAUGCGUCACUCUCCUCAAGACUUGAAGAACAACCGAUUCUUUCCAGAGCUGCUAUUUCACAUCAACGUUAAUAUCUCACAAGAAGAGAUCGAUCGCAGUAAAAGCACAGAGACCAAACAUGGACCAGACUCCGAUACAGAUGUGAGACAAUGUCUUUUGUCAAAUGUCUUUAUAUGGUUUCAAGUGUCUUGCAACUCCUGCUUUCAUACACAGCCACCAACACAACCCGGCCUGUAAUAAAAUAUAUAAAAAGAAAAGGUAGGAAACUCUCUGCGCUUAUAUUUUUUAAAACAGGUUGUGCAACUUCCAGUGUUACAGAACUUAGUUUUUUAGCAACUAAUGAUGUGAAAUCAUACAAAGCUAAACAUUUGUGGUAUUGAACCACCUUAACGUGUUUAAGCAAGGCACUCUCCGCUGCCAGGGUGUGGGGUUUGAUUCCCAUACUGAACAGGUGUAGAUACAAAUGUGAGAUAUAAUGCUUUACAGGAGGGAAGAUGAACAAAAUUAUUAAAAAAUAAAGGAUAAAAAUGAAACUCUACCUGUGAGUGUGUUAUAUAAAGUCACACUGCAGUACUGUGUAACAUCCUACCUAAUGGCUGCGGGUGCACAAUAGGAAGGAUGUGUCAUAUCUGACAUCUAGGUCAUAUCUGUGAAAGCUGAGCUCACCAUGAGGCCUUCAGCUGGGGUUUUAACACACACACACACACACUGUUAUUAUCAUCAGCAUCGUCAUAAAUCUGACUCUCAAACGGUUUCACUGCCAUUUAGCUCCUAAUGUUUCUGCCCUUUACCUGAGGGCCCACUUACUGGGAUUGUUUCUGUACAGUUUAUGCUGCAAACACUAAAACCUAAGCUGUUCCAAGUGUGCUUUUGUUAAUCCGGUAUUUUUCCGGCUGAAAAAAAAAAAAACAGCAUUUGGAAGAAAAUGCUGCAUUAGUGAAACAAAAUGGAGCGAUUAAAAUGACCAAGAGGGAGGUGAUAUAUAAAAACGACAAAAAGGAGGUGAGAAACGUAAAAAGUAGUCAUUUAAACUGAUGACACGUUAUUGCAUUACAUUAAAAGGCUGUAAAGUGUCCUUUGUGUGAGGAUGGACUGGGCGCCAUCAUAUAGCGUUAGAGGCCUAUAGGCACUGUCAAGAGCUGAGAGAUGGACAAUCGACACGAUGCUUUCAGACAUCUUUCUACCUCCAUGCUGCACAGGUCAGGUGGUGACUGCUGAGGCCUGACUGUCCUUUCACCUCCUGGAACCACAUGCGGACAGAGGACGCCAGCAAUCAUCCAGAAGAGGGUCAGAGUAGAAGCAAAGACCAAAUAGAUGGCACAGGGAUGAGCCUGGGCAACAGGAAGGGAGUGAGGGUGACUGGGAAAUAUGCGCCUCCGGUGGACUGGAGCAGCAGAGGAGGAGGUCCAUCCAUCGUCCACUCUCCCACCAGCAUCCCUUUACCUCCAGACACCCCCACGGUGAUCUCCAUCGGCCCUCUGCCUCACAGGCCCCCAGAGCGAGUUGAAGAUCCCAAGAUGGACGAACCUGCUGUCGAAGAGGACUGGACCAGAGAGGUGUCAUCUCAAACCGGGAUGUCCUACGGUGAGACGGGCAUCCCCCGGCAGACCGUGGAGGAGCUGAAGACCAUCCUGAGGGACAGUCCUCUGCUCAACAUCCGGGGAAGAGAUGAUGGGAAGCCAGGGAGUCCUUACACGUAUCUCCACGGAAGCAGCAGCAGUGGAGGCGGUGGUGGAAGACCCGACGGACGGCAGGACGAUGGAAACCCCAACAGGGCGUUCAGCACCUUCAAACCCCACUCUGAUGCUUCCAGAAAGGGCCCCAGGUCCACAGAUAGCACAUCUAUUCAGCAGCCUUCCGGCAUGGAUUCAUCCAGCUCUUUCAGGUCUGAUGCCAACACAAAUAGGCAGCCUGGAGUUAGUGCACACACAAAUGCGAGCGGCGGCUCCUGUGGAGAGACUGGAGCUUCUCAUACAGAUAACGGAAACGAGACUGUCGACAUCUUUGGGAAUCAGAGGUUCAUUUCAGACAUGGAGCAGAUCAAGCAGCAGAUCGCCAGAGAAAACAUCAACUUCGUCCGCUUCGAGGCCACCGACCUCCAUGGGGUGUCGAGGUCCAAGACAGUGCCUGUCCGCUUCUUCCAUGAGAAAGCGGUAUAUGGGAUACCGAUGCCGAGAAGCUACUUGGAGCUGACCCUGAGCCCUAAGAGCAACGAAGUCGACCACGCCAGCACCGCCAACUUCAGCAGUGAUGUACUUCUGAUCCCUGAUCUUUCGACCUUUAGGGUCUUACCCUGGGCCGAGCAGACAGCCCGGGUCAUCUGCGACCCCUGCACGGUGACAGGAAGCCCCCUUCGCACUUCACCUCGCCUCAUCGCCAAGCAGCUCCUCGGCCAGCUCCAAACCCUUGGAUUCUCCCUGCACUCGUCCUUCACCUAUGAAUGCUGCGUCCUCGGAGCGCCAGACCGGAUCGGGCCAAAGACACUCCUGUUCCCUGCCACCACCCUGCUCAGCAACCAUGACCUGCCUUUCUUCCAGCAGCUGGUGGACAGCAUGUACUGCAUGGGCGCAGACAUAGACAGCAUCUCCUCUGCAAGCGGCCCCGGCCAGAUGGAGAUCAACCUGAGGCCAGAGUUUGGGAUUGCGGCCGCAGACAGCGCAUUCACCUUCCGCACCGGCAUCAAGGAGAUGGCUCGUAAACACAGCUACAUUGCCAGCUUCUUCACUGAUGAUGGCCUGUACAAUGCUGGGGUACUCUCUCACAGUUUGUGGGAUGCUAACGGGCGACGUAGCCUCUUCCACAGUGGGGAGAAGACAGGCGAGCUAUCUGAGAUUGGCAGGAAAUGGCUGGCCGGGCUUCUCACCCACUCUGCUGCCCUGAGCUGCCUGAUGUCGCCCGGCCUGGGCUGCCGGAGCCACAUCGCCAAGACGAUCAAAGACCCCAAACGAAUGCUGUGUGCUACCUGCGGCUGCAAUGAUAACAGCAGCUCUUUCAACAUCAAGUGUCAUGGCGGGAGGGAGACGCACAUUGACAACAAGCUGGGCUCAGCCAUGGCCAACCCUUACGUUGUGCUGGCUGCUACUGUGGCCGCAGGGCUGGAUGGCAUCAGACGAAACCUGAACGUCGAGAGCAGUCUGAACAAAGCACCCAGUCAGCAGAAGGAGUUCGCCAUUCCCGUGAAGCUCGAUGACGCUCUGGAGGCAUUGGGGGAGGAUCACGUCAUCCGCAGCACCCUCGGAGAGCCGUUUGUUCAGUAUUUCAUCGCCAUGAAAAAGUUUGAGAUUGAGACCCAAGAACUGGAUGAUGAGAGAAACAAGUGCCUGGAGUAUUUCAUCUAGAAAUCCUCCUCGUUUUAUAAUAUGAGAAACACACUUCCUGCCACACAAAUAAAAGCAUGAAAAACAACAGCUUGAAUAGAAAAGCUUUUUAUUUUAUAUAUUAUGUUGAUUAUUAUUAUUAUACAGAUUGUAGAUAUUUUUCGGAGUUAUUUCCAAAUAAAGGCAUAAGUACACCCUCAA